AUGAUUUCACGCCUUUUCGGUCGUCGAUCUUCCCAGGCACCAAGCAGUUCGGCCGCAGUGCCCCCUCCGCCACCGCCGCCCCUCGGAGGUGCGCAAACGCACGAAGAGCAUCAGAUGGUGCGGGCCUUCGGACCCGCCCCGCCCCAGCCCUUGUUUCCGUGGCAGUUCCACGCCAACGCCGCCAAGCUGGUUGAAGUGCGCCAGCGCCGACGCGACCAGGCCGAGGAAGCGAAACGGAAGCGCCGGGAGGAAGCAGCCAAGGCAGGACAACCCCUGCCGGCAGAGGAAGUUGAUGUGCUGCAUCCGGCAAGCAUACCGCCAGAGGACGGGACGUGCCUCCUCGACUUGCUUCCACGAGAGAUCCUCUUGUACAUACUGCAGGACGUUGGGGAGGAAACGUUGGCCGCCGAUUGUCCUCUCGUGAGCCAGCAGUUCAACGACUUGGCCCACGACGAGCAACUGUGGAAGCACCGCUUCUUGGUCGACAUUGGACGCCAGCCGCCCAACUUCCAGCCACCCAGCAAAUACAGUAACGCCAAGUGGCACCGGCAGCCGGUGACGUCGAAGGAAGAGUACUACCACAAGGUGUGGAAGUGGUACGAGAACUACGGAGGGUCAAUCUAUGAAAUGAGACAGGUCAGGUUCCCGGUAAGAGUACAGGACUGGCUCGGCGCCAGCCCACACGCCAACAGUCGCCUGGCGCUUCUGGGUGCCAUCGCCGCCUUCGAUCGUCGUCAGCUGCGCCGCGUACGCACCAUCGACAAGAGCGCGCCAAGGCUAGGGUAUUAA